AUGCAAUACAGUCGUAUUGUAUUCAUACUUGUAUUCAUCUCUGUCAUAUACGGUCAAAGUACAGAACUAUGUGAAAAAUGUCCUUUUCAAUUUGUUAUUAAUGCGGUUGCCAAUACGAAUCAAACUACAUCUGUGACAUCACGAUGUUUUACAAUCGAACAAUGUCAGAUGACAAUAAUCACUACUAAUGAACAUCAUAGCAUCUAUUUCGUCCCAAAUGAUAUCGAUCAAAUAGUCUUCUCAUCAAAAACUGAACUUCUAAUUGAUUAUAAUCAAAACAAUUCAUUAGUGACAUUUUCAUCCAAAUCGAAUCAGCAAAUAAUCGAUCGACGACAAAUCAGUGUAAAUCACUGUCACAAUGUUAAAACAAAGACUAAACGUCGUGUGAAAGACUCGUCUUCAUCUGAUGUAGAUUCAUCAAUAAUCGUUACAUUCAAUUCAUCUGCAUUUAUUGACUAUCAUUAUCAAGAAUUUCUCGAUUAUCCAUUACGAUUAUCUGUACGUUUUCGUACACUAGGUCGAAUCUCGAAUGGUGUGUUGCUUUCGUUAACACAUCGAAAAUCUCCCUCACUGAUAAUUCCAUUCAUUAUUAUUGAACACUCAAAUGGAAAAAUAGAAAUAACAAUUCUUCAAUUAGAUGAAAGAAAAGUCUUAUCUACUGUAACGGCAAUUCAAUGUGGAAAAAAUAUUAAUAAUGACAAUUGGCACUGGUUACAAUUCGAAAUCGAUCAAAGCGGAAUCUUCACUGUUGUUGUUGACAAUGACAGUCGGACAUCACAAAUCCCCACCUAUGUGGUCUCGAGUUGGAACAUCAAUGCUCUGUUAGUUGGAGAUACACGCCGAUUGAGUUCAGAUAUCUUUCAACCAUUCGUCGGCUAUAUGAGUGAUUUGAUGUUUAAUGAUGAAUAUUUGUUUCAAAGUUUGAGCAAACCGAAACAAGCGCGAGUAACGCGAUAUGAUUAUGAUAGUCAGCAUACCGUUGUUGGAUAUCGUAUUGCAUUCUUCAACUUUGUUACUAUUGAUACACCGAAAUCUUACAUUGCCUUUUCGGAACGCGAGAAUCAGAACAAAAAUCAUGGCAAAUUGGACAUCUAUUUUCUCUUUCGUUCGUAUGUACCCGACGGAAUCAUUCUCUAUCGCUAUGCUCAGGGAUUGAAUGAAUACUUCGCUAUUGGCUUACGCGCGGGUAUUCUCGCGUUGUUCAUCGACUUUGGGUUUGGCAAACGACAAAUUGUUAGCGAUGAAUCAACGAAAUUAGCCGAUGGUAAAUGGCAUGAAGUACGAAUUACAAGAAUUGGUACAGAUAAAAUUGAAUUGGUUGUCGAUAAUCGUGUCAAUCGUUCGACAUUAUCGGCCAACGGUAUUCGAAAUGCUGUGUCUCUUCAGCCAGUUCUCUACGUGGGUGGAAUUCCGAAUAAUAACCAGAUUAAUUUAACCGGAUCAGGUUUAAACCCACAUGGAUUUCAAGGAUGCUUAGCAAGUUUCGUUGUUGAUGGCCGAUUGCUUGAUUACCAACGCGCAUUGGUAUUAAACGGACAAGUGAAAAUGAAUGUUUGUUCAGAUUUGAACAAACUCUGUUACGAUUUCACAUGUGUUCACUCGGGUAUAUGUUCGACGAAUGAUAACGAUGGACCACGAUGUGAUUGUCUGGAGACGAGUUAUAUUGGUGAACGAUGUGAUAAAAUACCGAAUGGAUUCUAUUUCGGCAAACAUUAUGCAAGUGGGUCGAUUGAAUAUGUGAUGCCACAAACACGUCAAACAGAAUAUGAUACAAUUACAUUCGGUUUACAAACACUGGCCCUAUCCGCACAAAUCUUUCGUCUAGAAUCCGAUUUGGAUUCUUAUAAUUUAGAAUAUGAAAUCCUACGUGGUCGUUCGUAUAUAAAAUUGAAUAUGGGAGAGAAACAGCCUGAUGUGUAUUCAUGUAUUGUUCAUGUUACUGAUGGAAUGUAUCAUGCAAUAAAGGUUAUUCGUAAACUUUCCACGAUUGAAUUGUAUGUUGAUGGAAUUCGGGUGAAAUUAGAUGGAGGAAAUAAAUAUACACGUCAAUCUGAUCAACAACGAUCAUUUCUUGCACAACGAAGAUUACGAAUUGGAAGUUUCAAAAACAUCUCGAUCUGGAAUGGAAUCAUCGCUGGUCUCUCGUUCAAUCGUCAAUCAGUAUUCGACAGUCUUUCCAAUACUCUUAUUCGCACUGGUGAUGUAGAAGAAGUACAACCAGAUGAUCAUACUGGUCUAUUCAAUCUAGUUGAAUCUACGCACUAUGCUACUCCGAUAAUUUCUUCCACUGUUCUUUCGACAUCCUCAAUAAUGAAUAACACUUAUGAAACAACGAUUCUUGAUCAAACUAUCAGUCAUACAACAGAUAUUCCAAUGGCUGACAAUAUCUUUCAUCAACCAGCAGCAACCCAGGUGAAUAAAAUUUCUCAACUACCUCAUCAAACACCGUUUGAAUGGAUCUACAAAAAGCUAACAUAUUUUGGCAUUCGUGGUCUUCUCAUCGGUUCAAUCUUGUCGAUCUGCUUUCUGCUUUUUCUUCUCUUUUUAAUCUUACAUAUCCAUUGCAAAACUCGCCAAUCGAAAAAGAAACUUUCGCACAAAUAUAAUCAAACCAACGGAAGUAAAACCUACUCGCAAAUCAAAGGUUAUUCUAUGGCAUCGCCCGACGCAUAUCAAUCUAAGAAACGUGCACAAAAACUUCUUCGAUUCUUGCACGCUAAACAAUCCAAACCUGCUCCGUUUCGUCUAGCAUCCAAUGGCAGCAUGUCCCGUUUGAACAGUGGUGAUAGUUAUCACCUCAUAUCUUCAAUUCAAGAGAAUCGUAAAGAUAAAAAGAAGAAUUCGUCCUAUAAGAAUGCCAUCAGCACUGCCAACGAUAAUGAUGGUUGUAUAUAUUCAACUCUAGCUCAACCUAUUCCACCUCCAUCGACAUCCUCGUCUAUCUAUCAUCAAGUGAAUCGUCUAAUGUCUAAUCCAAGCGAGCCAUCAACUACUUUAACACAAUAUCAUUCACCCGUCGUUCCACACACAGCAACAUUACGGUCAUUGAAGAAAGAACUAGAUAAUUCAAGUGCUCAAACCUAUUCGGCUGUUUACUCUUGCGAUUUAGCAGCAAAUUUAGAUGUGGAAGACGAGUUUUUCGCCUCACAUCGAUCAUCAUUGAAACGCCGGUCACUCUCUAAAAUACAUCCGAAUUCCACCGAAAUUCAAAAUCAAAUUUUGUUUCUCUACGUCAAAAAUCUUGUUGAUUGCUAUGGAAUCCAGCCUAAUCAUCAUCAAACAAUCCUUCUGGCCACUGCUGACGAAAAUCGUAUUCAAUUAUCCCACGUUCGCUCCGGUAUUUUUCACUCUCAACUUCCAAUUUCAUCCGUUGGCGCUUGUCAUAACAUCCUAUUUUCCUACAAUGGUCAGUAUCUUAUCGGACUUUUCUACGAAGUAACAUCGAACGUGAAUCCAUACGGUGUAAAAAUUUGGUCAACAGAUGAUUAUUCCAUUCGUACGAAUGUACAUCCGAUAAAAUGUUCCAUUGCCAGUGCAUCGCGGCAUUCACCGAUACUUUACAUGGCUGGAAAACAAAAAUAUGGCCGAGGAAUUUCACUUGGUCUGCUUGACAUUGACUCAUGCAGUUUGGCACGGGAAUUAAAGUCCGAUCCCGAUACAUCGAUUGGCGAUGAGAUCAAACGAAUUAUUCUAACAAAAAACGAAUUAUACGCCUUAGUUGCUUGUACAGAAUUUACAAGUACAUUUACAUGUUUCGUCGUUUUCAAACUAGAAGCAACGCCAACGCCUUCGGUUUUAAGUGACGAUCAAUCAUCAUUGAUCACGGGAACGAUGAGUAAUUGUACGAUGAUAUUAACACGAUUUAAUUGUGAUCCAAAUUUUACAUUUUCCAUGGUCGAUUCGAAUAACAAUGGUGAUCAAUAUAUCUUAACUAUACUACGCACCAAUGAGAUUAUUAUCUGGCAGUUAAACGAUGGAGAAAUCUUAUAUAGUUAUGACUUUAAUUAUUUACUCAAUGACACAAAUACAAAUCAGAUCGUUGAUUGUCAAAUGAAUGAUAAUCGCUUAUUAGUAUUUACUCAACAAGGCUUUAUUUAUAUCUGGGAUGUGACAAUUCCUAUCGGCCAAUUCCUUUUAAUUGCAACAAUUUGUGAUCCAUUGAUUCACUCAGUAACGUGGCUCGACUAUCGACAUUUCCUUUCCAUUGACACCGAUGGUCAACGCAUACGUACUUGGAGUGUGAAACAAAAAGAAGUCAUAAAUGAAUCAAUCUCUCUUCAAGGUACAAUUCAAUCCUUACAUGUUCAUUCAGUAACCAACCAUUUCAAUAAUCAAAAAGAAUAUUUUAUCACGGGUGUAUCGGCCAAUGAACGAAGUUUAGUUCUUUUUGAAUAUACGCAAUUAAAUGAUGAUAUAUCCAAGCACAUCGUUGCUUGUUAG